CAGACAGACAGAGCAGAGCCUUUCCCUCAGCUCAGCCCGCGGCCAUCAAAGCCCUCCGCCUCCGCCGCCGCCUCGCCGUGAAUGGGGCACGCCGACCAGGACCGCCAACCAGUCAACAACGACGGCCUCUCUUCCGACGACGAGCCCUGGAGCGACAGCGACGAGGGCUCGCUCUCGUUCGACGACAGCGGCUCCGACGACCCGGACGAGGACGAAGCAGCGGCGGGAGAGAGCGACUCCUCCGAGGAUGAGGUCGGGCCGCGCAACACUGUCGGGCAAGUGCCGUUAGAGUGGUACAAGGACGAGGAGCAUAUCGGCUACGACAUCGAUGGGAGGAAGAUCAAGAAGCGGGACAGGGAGGGACGCAUCGAGCAAUACCUCAGGAAUGCCGAUGAUGCUAAAAAUUGGAGAAAGAUCUAUGACGUGUAUAAUGACGAGGAGGUGCAGAUUACCAAGGAUGAAGCUAAGAUAAUCAGUAGAUUGUUGAAGGGAAAGACUCCACAUGCCAAUGUUGAUCCAUACCCAGAUUAUGUUGAUUGGUUUGAAUAUGAUGGUGAAGGUCAUCCACUUUCUAAUGCUCCUGAGCCAAAGAGGCGAUUUGUGCCCUCAAAAUGGGAGCAGAAGAAGGUUGUUAAACUUGUUAGGGCCAUCCGUAAUGGAUGGAUCAAGUUUGAUAAGCCAAAGGAGGAGCCUAAUUAUUAUCUCUUGUGGGGAGAUGAAACUGAUACAGCAGACAAUAAGCGGGAAGGUUUGAGCUACAUCCCUGCACCUAAACCAAAUUUACCAGGUCAUGAAGAGUCAUAUAAUCCUUCUGUUGAAUAUAUUCCCACACAAGAGGAGAUAGAUUCAUACCAACUUAUGUAUGAGGAGGACAGGCCAAAGUUCAUCCCACGACGAUUUGAAUCACUGAGAAGUGUACCUGCUUAUGAGAAGGCACUUAGGGAGGGAUUUGAUCGGUGCCUGGAUCUUUAUCUAUGCCCUAGAACUCACAAAAAACGUAUUAACGUUGACCCCGAAUCACUCAAGCCGAAGUUACCUAGCAAAAAAGAUUUGAGGCCAUAUCCAAGAACUUGUUACCUCGAGUUCAAGGGCCAUAAUGGCCCAGUGAAGUCCCUUUCAGUAGAAGCAACAGGGCAGUGGAUAGCAUCAGGUUCAUCUGAUGGAACAAUUCGUGUUUGGGAGGUUGAAACUGGUCGCUGUCUUAAGGUUUUGAACGUUGGUGCUGAUGUCCAUGCUAUUGCAUGGAAUCCUUCACCUGAGAGGCCCAUUCUGGCUGCUAUUGUUGGCCAUGAUCUUCUGCUUCUUGAUGCUGAUGUGGGGGAUGAAGAAACUAAAAUGAGGACAAAAGAGCUCCUAUGUGUUGACGAACCGACUCCUGAAGAUGACGCUGAUGGUAAGAAACCAGCUGUGAGGUGGGUGAAGCAUGAAAAAUUUGAUGGAAUUACGUUGAUUCAUCAUAAGGCUGUGAAAACCGUGGAGUGGCAUUCAAAGGGAGACUAUUUCACCACAGUUGUGCCAACUGGUGAAUCAAGGGCUGUACUGUUGCAUCAGCUCUCGAAGAAGCGUUCGCAUCAUCCUUUCCGUAAAUUGCCGGGCCUCCCUGUUGCAGCAACAUUCCAUCCAACCCAAAAGAUGUUCUUUGUUGCCACUAAGAAAUUUGUUCAGGUUUAUGAUCUCCAAAAGGCAGAGGUAGUCAAGAAGCUGGAGUCAGGUGUCCGUGAAAUUUCCUCUAUCUCCAUCCAUCCUGGUGGUGACAAUGUUAUUGUGGGAAGCAAAGAUGGUAAACUGUGUUGGUUUGAUACCGACCUAUCAACAAAGCCAUACAAGACGUUAAAGACCCACAAGAAGGAUAUUACCAGUGUUACGUUCCACCGGAGAUACCCUCUUUUUGCCUCAUCUUCCGAGGACUGUACAGCCUAUGUAUUUCAUGGAAUGGUCUAUUCUGAUCUUAACCAGAACCCACUAAUUGUACCAUUGGAAAUUCUCCGUGGGCAUUUGAGUAUUGAUAGAAGAGGAGUCUUGGAUUGCAAAUUCCACCCAAGACAGCCGUGGUUGUUCACUGCUGGUGCAGACUCGGUAAUCAGGCUUUACUGCGAGUAGACGAUGAUGAUCCUUUCAAGAAAAGGAAGAUAGUAGUGGUUGAAUUGAGCAGGCGAUUUCAGUAUUACUUAUGGUGAUGAAUGCCAGGAAGGAUGUUAUGUCUGGCGCCCGUCCUCAGAGGUCUAAUAUAUUUGCAAUCGCAGUUUUGUUAGAAGUGAUUGUUGUAAUCUUUUUUGUUCUAGCUAGUUACAUUGGUUCUAAGAAACAUUAGGCAGCAGUGCCGGGACAAGUGUAGCUGCUGUGCAAAACACGAGUAAGGAAUAGAAAAGGAGGUCGGUUUGAGCUGCAAGUGACUUCCGUAGUUUUGUGCGUGUGCGAAAGUAUUCAAAAUUUAGAUGAGAGGUCAGGUAAGUUGUUUAACAAAGAACAGCGGUCACUAAUAGAAAAACAAGUUAGUUUGAACUA